AUGUCUGACUCAGGGCCUUCCUCCUCCUCCUCACCGCCCUUCAAAAACCCAAAGCUCAGUGCAAUGAGCAAGGCCUUUUCUCAAAUCGACCUGGACGGUCAUGACUUGCCCCCCUCACCGGCACCAUCGAGCCCAAGAGGGGGUCGCAACUAUGCCAUUGCCACCCAGCUGGUCUAUUCCGAGGGCAACGAUCAGUACAACGCCAGCAGUGUACCUAUAUACCAGUCGGCAACAUUCAAACAGUCCUCCUCCACGGGUGGUGCGUCGGAAUAUGACUACACCCGCAGUGGGAACCCGACCCGAACCCACCUCGAAAAACACCUCGCAAAGAUCAUGCGAGCAAAAAGAGCAUUGGUAGUCUCCUCCGGCAUGGGCGCCCUGGACGUCAUUACACGCCAGCUGCGUCCGGGCGACGAGGUGGUCACCGGCGACGAUCUCUACGGAGGCACCAACCGACUCCUCAAAUACCUCUCAACCCACGGUGGCAUCAUCGUCCACCAUGUCGACACCACUACACCUGAAAAGGUUCAAGAAGUGGUCUCUUCCAAAACCGCCAUGGUACUGUUGGAAACCCCGACCAACCCGCUCAUCAAGAUCGUGGACAUCCCCACCAUCGCCAACAUGGCUCACAUUGCCAACCCUGCAUGCCUCGUCAGCGUGGAUAACACCAUGCUCUCUCCCUUGCUGCAGAACCCCCUCGAACUGGGCGCCGACAUCGUCUACGAGUCCGGCACCAAGUACCUCUCAGGCCACCACGACCUCAUGGCCGGUGUCCUCGCGGUCAACGACGAAUCCCUGGGUGACAAACUCUACUUCACCAUCAACGCCUCGGGCUGCGGCCUCGCACCCUUCGACUGCUGGCUAUUGAUGCGAGGAAUCAAGACCCUCAAGGUCCGCAUGGACGCACAGCAAGCGAACGCGAUGCUAAUCGCCCGCUUCCUCGAAUCAGCGGGCUUCAAGGUCCGCUAUCCGGGACUCAAAUCCCACCCUCAGUACGACCUGCACAACUCCAUGGCGCGGGGCGCGGGCGCCGUUCUGUCGUUCGAGACCGGCGACAUCCAGCUGUCGGAACGCAUCGUUGAGUCCGCCAAGAUCUGGGCCAUCAGCGUCAGCUUCGGCUGCGUCAACUCGCUCAUCAGCAUGCCGUGCCGCAUGAGUCACGCGAGCAUCGAUGCCAAGACCCGCCAGGAGCGCGGCGUCCCUGAGGACCUCAUCCGCCUGUGCGUCGGCAUCGAGGACGGUGAGGACCUGCUGGACGACCUCCGCAGUGCCCUAGUCCAGGCCGGCGCCAUGAACGUCUCGCUCGACGGCAUCUACGCCAAAAACGCCACCAUCGGUGACGAGCAUUCACCCGAAGGCGAGCAUUUGGCCGCCAAGGCCGCUGCGAUCAAUGAACCUUGA